AAUGAUCUGCUCUUAUCAUCUGAUCGUGGGUGUAUCUCUCUAUUAGUUUUAUUGGAUCUUAGUGCUGCGUUUGACACAAUUGACCACAACAUUCUUUUGCAUAGACUUGAACACUUUGUUGGCAUCAGUGGAAGUGCAUUAGCAUGGUUUAAAUCGUACUUAUAUGACCGCCAUCAGUUCGUAGCAGUGAAUGAAGAUGUAUCAUAUCGAUCACAAGUGCAGUAUGGAGUACCUCAAGGCUCAGUUCUAGGGCCGCUACUCUUCAUGCUUUAUAUGUUACCCUUGGGAGAUAUCAUCAGGAAACAUGGUGUUAGCUUUCACUGUUAUGCUGAUGAUACGCAGCUUUAUAUUUCCUCGCAGCCCGGUGAAACACACCAAUUUGAAAAACUAAUGGAAUGCAUAGUCGAUAUAAAAAAUUGGAUGACGAGUAAUUUCUUACUGCUAAAUUCAGAAAAAACAGAGGUGUUAAUCAUAGGGCCUAAAAACUCUACUUGUAAUAACCUAGAACACUGUCUAAGACUUGAUGGUUGCUCUGUCAAUUCUUCGUCAUCAGUUAGGAACCUAGGUGUGCUACUUGAUCGCAAUCUUUCCUUAGAAAGCCACGUUUCUAGCAUUUGUAAAACUGCAUUUUUCCAUCUCAAAAAUAUAUCUAAAUUACGGCCUAUGCUCUCAAUGUCAAAUGCAGAAAUGUUAAUCCAUGCAUUUAUGACUUCAAGGUUAGACUACUGUAAUGCUUUAUUGGGUGGUUGUUCUGCACGCUUGGUAAACAAACUACAGCUAGUCCAAAAUGCAGCAGCAAGAGUUCUUACUAGAACCAGGAAGUAUGACCAUAUUAGCCCGGUCCUGUCCACACUGCACUGGCUCCCUAUCAAACAUCGUAUAGAUUUUAAAAUAUUGCUUAUUACUUAUAAAGCCCUGAAUGGUUUAGCACCUCAGUAUUUGAAUGAGCUCCUUUUACAUUAUACUCCUCUACGUCCGCUACGUUCUCAAAACUCAGGCAAUUUGAUAAUACCUAGAAUAUCAAAAUCAACUGCGGGCGGCAGAUCCUUUUCCUAUUUGGCGCCUAAACUCUGGAAUAACCUACCUAACAUUGUUCGGGAGGCAGACACACUCUUGCAGUUUAAAUCUAGAUUAAAGACCCAUCUCUUUAACCUGGCAUACACAUAACAUACUAAUAUGCUUUUAAUAUCCAAAUCCGUUAAAGGAUUUUUAGGCUGCAUUAAUUAGGUAAACCGGAACCGGAAACACUUCACAUAACACCCUAUGUACUUGCUACAUCAUUAGAAGAAUGGCAUCUACGCUAAUAUUUGUCUGUUUCUCUCUUGUUCCGAGGUCACCGUAGCCACCAGAUCCAGUCUGUAUCCAGAUCAGAGGGUCACUGCAGUCGCCCGGAUCCAGUACGUAUCCAGACCAGAUGGUGGAUCAGCACCUAGAAAGGACCUCUACUGCCCUGAAAGACAGCGGAGACCAGGACAACUAGAGCCCCAGAUACAGAUCCCCUGUAAAGACCUUGUCUCAGAGGAGCACCAGGGCAAGACCACAGGAAACAGAUGAUUCUUCUGCACAAUCUGACUUUGUUGCAGCCUGGAAUUGAACUACUGUUUUCGUCUGGUCAGAGGAGAACUGGCCCCCCAACUGAGCCUGGUUUCUCCCAAGGUUUUUUUCUCCAUUCUGUCACCGAUGGAGUUUCGGUUCCUUGCCGCUGUCACCUCUGGCUUGCUUAGUUGGGGUCACUUCAUCUACAGCGAUAUCGUUGACUUGAUUGCAAAUAAAUGUACAGACACUAUUUAAACUGAACAGAGAUGACAUAACUGAAUUCAAUGAUGAACUGCCUUAAACUAUCAUUUUGCAUUAUUGAGACACUGUUUUCCAAAUGAAUGUUGUUCAGUGCUUUGACGCAAUGUAUUUUGUUUAAAGCACUAUAUAAAUAAAGGUUAUUGAUUGAUUGAUUGAUUUGUGUAAGCAGUACACAUAAAAAACA